GCCGGGGCUUCCCGGGACUUUCCAGGCGCCGCUUCCGCCUCCGAGGACCCCGGACGGCUCAGCCCGCCAUGGAGUGCGAGGCCUUCCCGCAGGGCUUCGGUGGAAUUGACUACGAUGACUUCCAUUUUGGCCCUCAUAUGAUGGACCAGAAAGAGCUGCUGAUGGACACAGUUGAAGGCCCGUUUCUCACUGUUAUAGAGCAGCCAAAACAGCGAGGCUUCAGAUUCCGAUACGGCUGCGAAGGCCCAUCGCAUGGUGGAUUGCCAGGAGCCUCUAGUGAGAAGGGGCACAAGACCUACCCGACGGUCCGAAUCUCUAAUUACGUUGGGCAGGCGAAGAUCGAAGUGGACCUGGUGACUCACACGGACCCUCCGCAGGUGCACGCCCACAGCCUGGUGGGCAAGCAGUGCAAUGAAGCGGGGAACUGCGUGGUGAUGGUGGGCCCCAAGGACAUGACUGCGCAAUUCAAUAACCUGGGUGUGCUUCACGUGACAAAGAAAAACAUGCUGGAGAUCAUCAAGGAAAAACUGAAUAAGCAGAAGAUGCGCACCAGGCUGCAGCCUCUGACAGAAUCGGAGCUGGAGGCCACUGAGCAUGAGGCCAAGGAGCUGAAGAAGUCGAUGGACCUGAGCAUUGUCCGCCUGCGCUUCAGCGCCUACCUGCGCGACAGCAGCGGAGACUUUACUCUCGCCUUGAAGCCAGUAAUCUCGGACCCCAUUCACGACAGCAAGUCCCCAGGAGCCUCCAACCUGAAGAUCUCCCGGAUGGACAAGACGGCUGGCUCUGUGCGGGGGGGAGAUGAAGUUUACCUGCUGUGUGACAAAGUCCAGAAAGAUGAUAUUGAGGUGCGGUUUUAUGAAGAUGAUGAGAAUGGCUGGCAGGCGUUUGGGGAUUUCUCCCCCACAGACGUCCACAAACAGUAUGCCAUCGUCUUCCGCACCCCGCCUUACCACAAGAGCAAGAUCGACCGCCCAGUCACCGUCUUCCUGCAGCUGAAGCGCAAACGAGGGGGCGACGUGAGCGAUUCCAAGCAAUUCACCUACUACCCGGUGGUGGAAGACAAAGAAGAAGUGGAGAGGAAGCGGAAGAAGACCCUGCCCCAGUUCCCGCAGCACUUUGGGGGUGGGGCCCCCAUGGGAGGAGCUGGCGGUGGCAUGGGGGGCUAUGGCUCUGGAGGAGCUGGAAAUCCCUGGCACUCGUCUGGAUACAACCCUUACAACAGCAACAUCUCCCUUUCUGGCACUCACCCCAUGGGCGGCAGCGGCUACCAGGGAGGAAGAGGCAUCCAGAUGCCGAGAACUGCCCAGCUGGAGGAGGCUGAGCGCCACCCCUCGGAAGACGGAGACCAGCACUGUGCGGAGGAAAAGGGCUACCUGGAGCUGCUGCAGCGCGCUCAGGGCUGCAGCGCAUGGAUGCUGCUGCUGGCUCGGCGCAGCGCCCAGGCACUCCUGGAUUACGCCGUCACUGCUGACCCGCGGAUGCUGCUGGCUGUGCAGAGGCACCUGGUGGCUUCCCAGGACGAGAACGGAGACACCCCUUUGCACUUGUCUGUCAUCCAUGAGCAGACGGCUGUGAUCGGGCAGCUGGUCCAGGUGGCCCUCAGCGUUCCCCAGCAGCAGGUCAUCAACAUGGCCAACCACUUGCAGCAGACUCCUCUGCACUUGGCUGUGCUCACGCAGCAGCCCCGGGUGGCAAUCUACCUGCUGCAGGCGGGGGCGGACCCCUCCUUGCUGGACCGCUACGGGAACUCGGUGGUGCACCUGGCUGUGCAGGCGGGGGACCAGGAGAUGCUGCGGACCCUCCUCUGCCACCUGGGCCCCCACCUCCAGCUCCUCCUAGAGACACCCAACUAUUCUGGCCUUUUCCCCGCCCACCUGGCUGUGAAGGGCAAGAGCUUGGCCUGCCUGGAGCUGCUGGUGGAGAAGGGGGCGGACAUCAACGUGGCUGAGCGGCAGAGCGGACGGACCCCUUUGCACCUGGCAGUGGAGAUGGAUGACUUGAACCUGGCCUCCCACCUCUUGAAGAAGCUGGGGUCUGACGUGAACGGCCGCACCUCCGCCGGGAACACCCCUCUCCACUUAGCCGCGGGGAUGGGCUCUCCAGCCCUGACAAAGCUGCUCCUCAAAGCAGGGGCGGACCUGGAGUGUGAGAACGACGAGCCUGUCUCGGCCCCCUCUUCUGAUCCCAGCAGUGAUGCGGAAGUGGAAGAAGAGGGUGACUGGAGCAUGGAGCCGGGAGCGUUGGGUGUGGAGGUGGGCGAGCACCACAGAGGCUGCGAGAGCAAAGGGCCCCUGAAAAAGCAGGGCCGGGGUCACACCCCGCUGGACUUGACUCAGAGCCAGAAGGUGAAGGCCAUUUUGCGAGAGGCCUCGUUGUGGAGCCCCAGAAGGGAGCCAGACCCCCCUUCUCCAGGCCCAGGGAGCGUGCUGGCCCUGGACACUGGCAGCCUCCAGAUUCUAGAGCGGAUCCUGAACCGGGACUGCCCGGGGGCCGACUGGUGCGAGCUGGCCAAGAGACUGGGGCUCUGCAGCCUGGUGGAGACCUACAAGGGCACCGGUUCCCCCAGCAGGAGACUCCUGCAAAGCUACGAGCUGGCAGGGGGCAGCCUCCGAGGCCUGCUUGAGGCCCUGGACUCCAUGGGACUAGGCAAGGAAGGGAGGUUGCUGGGAAGACGGGAAACCUUGGUCCAGUUGCAGAGUGCAGAGCUCAAGGAAGACAGUGCUUACGGGAGCCAGUCUGUGGAGGAGGAGGAUCCCGCCCUCUCGCCUGCCCGGCUGAAGCCCACCCCCUCCUCUGUGGAGCCUCACAGCCAGAGGGAGCCGGUGCACUGA